AGAGUGGGCUCAAGUUCAGUGCUGAACCCAGCAGAAGCACCUGACUGCUUUGGGCUGAACGAGGUAGGAUGGCGCUGGUUGAUGAGUUGCCUGUGCCCUUCUUGAGCUUCAAUUCCACCGUGUCACCGCAGAUUGAUACAUUUUUAGAGUCAAAUGACUGCAGUGAGAACACGGAGCAGGACCCUGCGCUGGAACAGAAGUGGGUGCUUUGGGAGCAACUGGGCCUCUCUGCUGCUCAGAGAGACAGCUCUCAGUAUUCCCAAGCCACCCAACACAUUGCCACUCUGGAGACCAUCAAAGGCUUUUGGAAGUACUGGAACCACAUGCCGCAACCCAGUUUCUUGCUGGAGGGGAAGAAGUUUCUACGGAUCAAUAAGGAUGACAGUCGGAUGGUUGUUGAUGCCCUGAUGCUUUUCAAAGAUGGUAUCCGUCCUGAGUGGGAGGAUGCCGUGAACGCCACCGGCGGGCACUUCACGUACCAACUGAAGGCCGCCCUCGGUGGAGGUUUGAUCGAUGAGAUUUGGAACAAUACGGUGCUCAGCUUGAUUGGAGGGUCGGUGGUGAAUGCCGACAUGGUCACGGGAGUACGACUGGUGGACAAGCUGCAACAUAAGCGUACUCCACACGUCCGAAUCGAGGUGUGGUUUUCCAACAUGAGCAACACAGAGAAGGUGGACCAGCUUCAGCAGAGCCUCGAAAAGUGCAUGCGCAUGCGCCUGGAUGGGGUCGAGAGGCCGCCCGUUUGGGGCAAGAGUGAGAGGACGUCCCAUGCGCCACAGAAAUGAUGCACUGAGAACGCUCUAGGCUCUUGGUAUGUCCAGGCUGGGGUGUAUUGGAUGGGGCACUGAAACAAUUGUCCCAAUUUGCAACACCUAUGUUCACUCCCUUGUCACUUCUACAUUCUGACCUUGGGCCUGCACAAGCUGGCAGCUGCCUCAAAUUUUACAGCUUAGAUGUAGCUUUGCGCUACAUUUCUCGUCCCACAUAGCAUUUGAAUGCGGACUUAUCGCCAGAUGGCGCGUCAGGGCGCCCUGGCAUUUUGCAUUUGCAUGGGGGACGCAUCGAAACGGAGAGCCCACGCACAGGCCCUCUGACGAGCGCAGGCUCCGCUCAUCCACUCCCCUGCAGAUCUUAUGACGCCACUGAACGAGCGUUCUGCUUCAGUGGAAGGUCAAGGAGCAAAAAA